AAUUCUGAAUAAUGUCCUACUCGGCAGCUCAUAAUUUUAUCUUGGUCCAGCUAUUUUUGUUCUGUCAGGAAAUGAUGUGGUAUCUGAGAUGAAAGGAGGCUUUGAAAAUAAACUAUAACAUUUAGAGUUUUACCCAAAAAAAAGCUAGUUGGUUCCAUGAAUAAGUUUACUUGUGAACAUCACAACCCAUCAAUAUAUUUUCCAUAUGUUCAUCAACACAAUAAAUAAGGAAAACAACCCUAACAUCUUUUAUUUUGCUGGUGGGGUUACACGGAACUCACAAAAAUGAGACAGGAACAAAGGAAAUGUUUUUUUGUUUUUUUUUGGAUUUAAGUCAGAAACAGGAAGCUGCACAGUCACACCUGCUGUCUUGACGAGUGACCACUGAUCAGAACGAAACUAACACACUGAGUCUUCAUAUUUUCCAAAGGUCGGAUUGCAGGACUGCUGAGGACCUGGUCCAUCAUUUGUUUAGUGUUGGGCGUCAUGGAGCAACUCAACUUGACUGCAGUAACUUCAAACAUCUCCUCCUCUUCUGAACUUCUCCCUUCUCCUUCCAUGGACUCCAGAGGUGUGCUGCCUGCAGUGAUUCUGUCUCUCUUCUUUCUCCUGGGAGUCCCUGGAAACAUUGCUGUCAUCAUUCUGAAGCCAAAUUUUCAGCAGCUGUCCAGCAUGAGCCAGAGUUUGAUGCUGAAUCUGGCCGUGUCAGACCUGCUCUGUCUGCUGACUCUCCCACUGUGGAUUUACAGUCUGCUCUACAACUGGAUCUUUGGUCUGCUGGCCUGUAAAAUCCUAGCAUAUCUCAUGUGUUGUAGUGUUAAUGGAAGUGUGCUAACUAUAGUUUUGUUGAGCUUCCAGCGUUACAUGCUCGUAGUGCACCAGCAGUUUCACAGUCAGAAAAAAAUAAGAUUGCUGUUUGUUUUGUUUUGGCUGGUAGUAAUGAUUCUCUCCAUCCCUGCUUUGAUGGUUCAUCAGUUGACCCCUGAUCAGGAGUGGGUACGCUGCAGACAACAAUUCUCCUCCAGAACCCAGAAGUUAGCUGUGCUGCUGACAGAGACUCUGGUAGGAUUUGCUUCAUGUUUUAUUGUAGCAUUUUCAUACAUUCAGCUUUACAGGAAGGUGAAUCGAGCAGCAUUUUUUAACAACCCUCAGACAUCCAGACUGGUUACCAGUAUCAUUAUAGUGUUUUUUGUCUUGUGGAUUCCAUACCACACUAUGAAUGUAUUGAGAGUUGGAGCUACUGCUUUACACGAUGAAAGACUUGAAAAACAUUUUGCAGAGUUGCGGGACAUUGUUAUACCACUGAUAUUUAUGAACAGUAGUCUGAAUCCACUCCUGUAUGGAUUCACUUCUCACAUUUGUAAAUGUGUGAACCAUCUAAACCAAUGAGGUGGAUGUUUCUAACUUCCACAAAGUGUCACUGCUGAUUUUAAAACAGUGAGAUAAGUACUUUGUCUGGAUGCAACUGAAGAGGACUCUUUCCAUCAGGUUAUAUUUGCUUUGUCCCAGAAAGCUGGAUACGAUGUUGUAACUGAGCUUAUUCAUCUAAACCGUGUCAUUCAACCAAAGUUCUAGUAGUUGGAUUAACUUUUUUUUUUUAAAUUCUAUGUAAAUAGUACUACUUGCAAACAUUAUUUGCAUUUAGCUUGUAACAAUAGAUAAAUUAGUAACAAAUGUAAAAGUAAUUAAUGCUAACAUAUUUUAUAUUCAUGGCAGUAAUAGAUUAAACACACAUGUAUGAUUUGAGAUUAAAGAAAAGGUUAUUUUUAGAAUAAAAUUUCAAACAGAAUGUUCCACAGCCAGACUUUUCUCACAUGAACAGUCACUGAGAGUUGAGUCUCAGUGACUGUUCAUGUGAGAAAAGUCACUGAGAGUUGAGUCUUAUUUUAAUGUAAUUUUUUAUUCACAUUGUGUAAAUUAACUGCCUUGCAUUUGAAGUGAAUGCUCACUGAAUGUCCACUGAAUGUCUGUUCUCUGUAUAAGUGUGGUGAUAAUUCUUCAUCAAAUAAAUCCAUCAGUGUAGGAUGAAGCUUAAAGUGUUUGGAUGAU